AUACCAUAAACUUUGAUAGAUUUCAGUUCAUCGUGGAACAGGAAAUCUGAAACAUUGGAGUGAUAAUAAUUCACACCUUCAUAAUUAGGCAUCCACCCCCAAGGGGAAGCAUUCACAAUGGAGAUUGUGUAUGUGUACACAAAGAAGCGCAGCGACUUUGGUCGACAAUGCAAUUUCUCGGACCGUCCUGCCGAGCUGCAUGUUGACAUCCUUCCAGACCCUUCUCUAGCUGCUAACUUUAUUGGGAGAGACCCAUGUGAUGUGCCGACACAAUGCACGCAAGAGAUGUCGGAACAUGAGGUGAACACAGAUCGUUAUGACUCUGAGUCACGAGGCAUAAACCACGUGGAGGGUGGCUGGCCUAAGGAUGUCAAUCCCCAAGAGAUGGAACAGACCAUUCGCUUCCGCAAGAAAGUCGAGAAGGACGAGCACUACAUCAAUACCAUCAUGCACCUGGGCAGUCUCAUGGAGCACUGCAUCCAGCAGAACAACGCCAUCGACAUCUACGAGGAGUACUUCCACGACGAGGAGGUGGUGGAGGAGGCUGAGGAGCAGCCAUCGGCCAAAACCAUCAACGUCUUCAGAGACCCCAACCCGGUGAAGCGCACAGCCACCAGUCUCUCCUGGCACCCCGAUGGCAGCUGCAAGCUUGCCGUGGCCUACUCCUCCCUCGAGUUUCAGAGGACAACUCAGGACAUGUGCUAUGACUCCUACAUAUGGGACAUUGAGAACCCCAAUAAGCCUGACAUGACUCUAAAACCAGUGUCCCCUCUUGUCUGUCUGGAGUACAACCCCAAAGACUCGCACGUCCUGAUUGGAGGAAGUUACAACGGCCAGCUCGCCUACUGGGACACGCGCAAAGGCAGCCAGCCUGUGGAGAUGUCGGCCAUCGAGCACAGCCACAGGGACCCCGUCUACAAGGUCAUCUGGCUCCAGUCGAAGACGGGCACAGACGCCUUCUCAGCCUCCACAGAUGGCCAGGUGCUGUGGUGGGACAUCCGUAAGUUUACUGAGCCGACAGAGCGUCUGAUCCUGGACCCCAGCAAGAAAGGCAACCUUGAGAACGCGCUAGGGGCCAUCUCUCUGGAGUUUGAGACCACCAUGCCAACCAAGUUCAUGGUGGGGACUGAGCAGGGCCUGGUGGUGUCCUGCAACCGCAAGGCCAAGACGCCCGCCGAGAAGAUUGUGUGCACCUACAGCGGCCACCACGGCCCAAUCUACUCCCUGCAGAGGAACCCGUUCUUCCCCAAGAACUUCCUGACCGUGGCCGACUGGACCGCACGCAUCUGGUCCGAGGACAUCAAGGAGUCCUCCAUCAUGUGGACCAAGUAUCACACAGCAAACUUGCUGGACGGCUGCUGGAGUCCCAUGCGUCCCUCUGUCUUCUUCACUGUCAAAAUGGACGGGACAUUAGACGUGUGGGACUUCCUGUUCAAGCAGAAUGACCCCAUGCUCACCCUCAAGGUGUGUGACGAGGCUCUGUACAGCAUGCGGGUGCAGGACAGCGGGCGCUUCAUCGCUUGUGGCUCCCAGUUGGGGACAGCCACUCUGCUGGAGGUCUCCUCUGGACUCUGCACGCUUCAGAGGAACGAAAAGGCCCUGGCCACCGCGAUGUUUGAGCGGGAGACCAAGCGGGAGAAGAUCCUGGAGGCGCGGCACCGCGAGAUGAGGCUGAAGGAGCGCAGCCGCUCUGAGCAGAGCAAGGAGGACGACGGCAAGGAGAUGGACGGCGAGGAGAGCACCGACGACAUGCUGGCCCGCACCGAGAAGGAGUUCUUCGACCUGGUGGUGUCCGAGCAGAAGAAGAGGGCCAAAGACGAGGAGAAGGACAAAGCCAUAGAGCAGGAAAAAGAUGUCUGCGAUAUAAAGGAAAUCUGAAGCAGAGGAUGGGGCGGCACUGUAUUGUCAUAUUGAAAUGCCACAUGAUGUGUUUUGAAUAAAGAGUGAGAAAGGGAACAGACAGUGGUGCUCAUGCACAAAAGAAGUGCUGCUGUGCACUAAAGAAUGAGACAAAGCCUGUUCCGUGCAUUGACUGCUGCUUUCCAUGAUUAAAGAUAUUUUUUUGCUAUUUUGAAAUAA